CGUGUGACACUGAGUACCAAAGAAAUGGUGAUGGAGAAGCCAAGUCCCCUGCUCGUAGGGCGGGAGUUCGUGAGACAGUACUACACGCUGCUAAACAAAGCUCCUGACUUCUUGCACAGGUUUUAUGGCAGGAAUUCUUCUUAUGUUCAUGGAGGACUGGAUGCCAGUGGGAAACCGCAAGAAGCAGUGUAUGGUCAAGCUGAGAUACACAAGAAGGUGAUGUCCCUGCAGUUCAGUGAGUGCCACACCAAGAUCCGGCACGUGGAUGCUCACGCCACUCUGAGCGACGGGGUGGUCGUGCAAGUCAUGGGAGAGCUGUCAAACAAUGGGCAGCCCAUGAGGAAGUUCAUGCAGACUUUUGUGCUUGCUCCAGAAGGAUCUGUUCCAAACAAGUUCUAUGUCCAUAAUGAUAUCUUCAGAUACGAAGAUGAAGUGUUUGGGGAUUCAGAGGGAGAACUUGAUGAAGAGUCUGAGGAAGAGGUGGAAGAAGAGCAGGAGGAAAGACAACCAUCACCUGAACCUGUGCAAGAGAAUGCAAGCAGUACUUACUAUGAGAACCAUCCUGUAACCAAUGGGAUAGAGGAGGCGCUGGAAGAAUCUUCUCAUGAACCUGAGCCAGAAUUGGAAUCUGAAACAAAAGCUGAGGAGCUGAAAGCUGAAGUAGAAGAAAAGACCCUUGAGGAGCUAGAAGAGAAAUCUCCAUCUCCACCUCCUGUAGAACCUGUUUCACUACCGCAAGAACCACCAAAGGCUUUCUCUUGGGCUUCAGUGACCAGUAAAAACCUGCCUCCUAGUGGUACUGUUUCUUCCUCUGGAAUUCCACCCCAUGUUAAAGCACCAGUCUCACAGCCAAGAGUGGAAACUAAACCUGAAGCUCAGUCUCAGCCUCCUCGCGUUCGUGAGCAGCGUCCCAGGGAAAGACCAGGAUUUCCACCCCGAGGACCUCGGCCAGUAGGAAGGGGAGACAUGGAGCAGAACGAGUCGGAUAAUCGCCGCAUAAUUCGCUAUCCAGACAGCCACCAGCUCUUUGUUGGGAACUUGCCACACGAUAUUGAUGAGAGUGAGCUGAAAGAGUUCUUCAUGAGCUUUGGCAAUGUGGUAGAACUCCGCAUCAAUACUAAGGGAGUGGGAGGAAAGCUGCCUAAUUUUGGUUUCGUGGUAUUCGACGAUUCUGAGCCGGUCCAGCGAAUUUUAGUUGCAAAACCCAUCAUGUUCCGCGGGGAGGUGCGCCUGAACGUGGAGGAGAAGAAGACGCGGGCCGCCCGCGAGCGGGAGACGCGCGGCGGCGAGGAGCGCAGGGAGCUGCGCCGCAGCGAGAGAGGCCCGGGCGGGCCCCGCGGCAUCGUGGGCGGCGGCAUGAUGCGCGAGCGGGACGGGAGAGGGCCCCCGCCGCGGGGCGGCAUGGCACAGAAACUGGGCUCCGCGCGGGGCAGCGCGCAGGCGGAGGGCCGCUUCACCGGACAGCGGCGCUGAGACGCCCUGCGGCCGCUCCGGCGCGGCGCCGCCUAACCCAUCGUGUGUGCAUUCUUGUUCUUUUUUUUUAGCUUUGGAAUGUGACACAGCCCUUCUGAUCGUUUCUUUGAUGUGAAAACAUCCUUUGGUUUCCGGUUUAAAUUGAGGUGGACGUUUUUUCCCCAGUUUCACAACAGGAGUCACACUCUUAAUUUAUAAAUGUAUACUUGGAGAAUUGAGGACUAAAAAUAAAGAAAAACGAAAAAGAAAGAAAACAAAAGACCAGUUAACUAUCUGCAACAGAAGCUGAACUAAAGGACAUGCCCAGUAGAAUUCAGGUCCUUUCAGUCAAAAACCCUCUGCUGCACAUUUGGUGUAAGUGUUACCGUUUCUGCCUACUACUGUUGGAAACACAAAUAGUGCAAUUUGUGCAAUUGGAGAAGCUUGCCUUUUUUAUUUUUCCUUCUUAGAACACUUGGCUCCAGACAAACUCGUGUUUACGCACUCAUCUAAAUGCACUAAUGGGUCCUCUGAACUCAUUUAUACUGACAGCUGCAGGAGGCAUCGGAGGGAAAACCUUCAUCCUCUUACUCAGACAGAAUAGCUUGGGGAACGAUGCGGGCAUCUGCUCUGCUUGCUGUGACCAACCUCUGUACACACACAAACCUUAAUAAGACUCCACCUUUGUUCCAGAAGGAAUGCAGUUAGCCGUAACCAGAACCCAGAGUUUCCAAGUCGUAGCCCUGAGUAUGCAACAGGUUUGAUAGCUCACGUCAGAUUUUUCUAUCUGCCCCUCUUCAGUGCAGGGAUGGCUGCUCAACACACUCCCCCUUCCCCUUCGAGAAGCGUUGUACAGUGAAACUUGUCUUGACUGUAUUUGAGUUCUCUGGUAAUGUAAUUAGCAUGAUGGUGCCUUCUAUGAAUACAUCAUUCCAGUCUUGCUGGUGAUUUUGUACAGUAUAGUGUAUGAAGUACUGUGCUGCAAAGCCAAGCGGCUGCAAAGCAUUUAAAGGAAAUAAUUGGAAAAUUGUAUUAAAAAAAUUGCAGUAUCUUUCAAUGAGUAAACGUUGCUAAAAUGA